AUGUACCAAUGUUUUAAUUUGUUAAAAUGUAUCUCAGUAAGUCGUCUCGUGGACAAUACAGUUGAUUGUCCUUACAAAGAUAAUGAAAAUAUAACGCAAAUCAAUAGCACUGAUAUAACAAAACUUUUAAAACGCCAUUUCAAAUGUCAAAUAGCCAACAAGUACAUACAUGAAUUGCUUUUUAAGAAUGAAUAUUGUGACUGUAACCUUGAAGAUGAAAAUUGGUGUGAAGAUGAAGAUUUUCAUAUACAAUAUGCCAGAAAGAAUAUUUCAUUUCAAACUAUUUGUGAUGAAUUUACUGAAUUGAUUCCAGUAAUUAUCGAAGGACAAAAUGAAACAGAUGAAACAGAAUGUGAACAAUGGUCAUGUAAUAACAUUUAUACUCAUUGUGAUGGUCUAUGGAAUUGUCCACAUGGUGAAGAUGAAGUUGGUUGUGAUUUAUCUUCAACAUUAAAUUGUUCUAUAGAUCAUCACAGAUGUGUUUCACUUCAUACGAAUGAACUCAUUUGUCUUCCUGUUAAGCAAGCAAAUGAUGGCAAGAUCGAUUGUCUUGGUCAGGGUCCACGAUUCUCAAAAACAAUCGAGAGCCUUGGUCUUGGUGCUACUGACGAACCAACAUUAUGUCAAGAAAAGUAUCAAACAAAAUUUUACUAUAAUUUUUACUGCAUAAAUCCAUACUAUCAACCAUGUAUUGGUUUCGAAGAUCUAUGUGAUAAUAAUACAGUUUGUGAUCAUGAAGAUGAUGAAAAAUUUUGUGUAAAAAAUCGAACAGAUAUUUUCACAUACGGCAGUAUUUGUUUUUCGCCUGAUUCAUCUAUUCGUUCUGAUGUGGAACAGUUUUUAUGUCACGAAACAAAAUUCAAAAUAAAAGAACAAAUUAAAUCUUUUUCAUUGGAUGGAAUGAGCAAACCUGACGAAGAUCAAGCUAAGGAUAUAAUAAAACGCAGAUUUUCAAGUUCAUUUCGCAUUGAAAUGUCUGAUCAACAUGAACUUCGAUGUCAUCGUGGUUUUGAUUUACGUGUCUGGUUAAACAAUGAAAAGAACUUAACAACAAAUACAUGUCUUUGUCCACCUAGUUUUUAUGGUGAUAUGUGUCAAUAUCAAAAUCAACGAGUGAGUUUGAUCAUUACAUUUCAAGUACUAUCAGAUUAUUGGUCAACAUUAUUUGCAAUAAUUAUUUCACUUAUUGAUGAUAGUGAAGAAAGAAUUAUUCAUUCAUAUGAACAAUUUACUUAUUUGUCAAUAAGAGAUUGUAAAAUCAAAUUUAAUAUUUAUCUGCUCUAUUCAACUCGACCAAAAAAAUGA